AUGGCAAACCACGAUUUUAUUCUAAAAAAAACAACUUUGCCUUAUCUAUUAGUUUUACAAAAACGCAACAUAUCCAUUAGUAACACAUCAACACUAAAAUUAUCGAAAAAUAUUACAUUCAGUGCCGAAAUAGGAAUAUCCUAUUUACGACAAAAUGAAAAUCAAUAUUCCUCUAAAUUUCGUUGUACUGGAGAUGAAAAUGUUAUCGAUGCAUGGAAAGAUCGUCUUUGCGUAUUUUACAAUACCUGUUAUAACAAAAAUACUAAUCAAUUUUAUUAUUUUCGAUUCGCUCAAAAUAAACCAAAACCACUUUUCUAUGAUUCAGCAAAAGGUAUGUUAUAUGAUUUCAAUAUAUAUCGUAAGCAUAAUGCAUUUGUAUCACUUUCAUCGGGUGGACAAACGCCAUGGGUACCCGUUAUUGUUAACCAAACAUAUCCAACAAAAAACUUCACAAGACUUCAUAGUUUACAUAGUCUUAUGAAAACUCGCUAUGCUGCUGGCAAUCUUGGACAUGGACUCUGGGAAGAUUUAGGAUCUAUUGCGUAUUCGAUGGAACGAAUGAAUAUAGUUGAUCGGAAAUUAGUUAUUAUGCAUUUAGAUGAAAUAGCAAAUACGACUUUGUUUCGUACAUAUCAUCAAUAUGUAAUACCUGCAUUAACAGAAAAUCCUAUGGUCGAAUUCAAGGCUUAUAUGAAAUCUUUCAAUACGGAAUAUGUAUGUUUUGAUACUUUAAUUGUUGGAGGGCAACUAAGUGUUUUUCCUAAACCGCAAAUAAAAGAAAAUCAUGGACGUGAAGCACUUUUCUACAAUUGGAGAUCAAAAAUUAUAGAAUAUAAUGGAUUUAAUCCUAAAUUUGUUCCAAAAAAGCAUCAUAUUAUCAUUACUAAUAAAUCACAUUCCAUAGCUGCACGUCCUGGUUCAAAGAGACAUCGUGCAAUUGCCAACUUACAAGAAGUAGAAAAGUUUGUCAGAAAUACGUAUCCAAACAUAUCUACUGAGGUGGUUGAAUGGCACGCUAUUCCAUUUGAUAAACAAAUUGAGAAGAUAUUACAUACGACUAUUUUAAUAACACCAUGUGGUGGUGUGUCAUUAAUACUACCGAUGCUACCGCAUGGUGCACAUGCAAUAGUAAUGGAUUAUUAUGUUACUGAUCCAGACCAUGGUCUUCUACUUGGUCAGACAGGAUCGAUGGAAGGUGCAUUCUUAAAUCAUAUUUCUCAUGUUCGAAAACAAUAUUAUCAGAUCUAUGGACCAAAGGAUUAUGAAUUUGAUUUUCCUGGAGCGAACAAUGCUCGAGAAGCUGCAUCUAUUAUUGUGGAUAUGACACGUUUACAAUUACUAAUUGAUAAAGCUUUAGAAGAAAUGGAACUUUAG